CCCACUCGGCGGGCCCGAGGGGGUGGCGGGAGCAGCGAGCGGUUCCGGCGCUGCUCCCGCACCCCUGGAAAGACCCAGGGAAAGGGGGGGCGGCACCGGAAUCCGCAGCACACCCCGUUGGGCUUGAGCGUUGAACCCUGGACACAAACCCGGCAUUUCCUCACCCACAGAUACCAGUUACAGUAACGACGCGAGUUCUCGCCUCAGGGAUCAGAAGAGGCAAAAGCGUUUGUUAAUGCCUUCCUGAAGCGCAGCAUGCCCAAAAAGAAAGAUGAAGCCAUCCAGGAUAUAUUAACUCGGAAAGCUGUAGUUCUUCAGCAUUAUUCCAAAAAAAAGACAAAGCAAAAGAGGAGGAAAGCAAAAGGUUUUACUGCCAAGCAAAGGCGUGAAAUGCGUCUUUUUGAAAUUGAACCUGAGCAGCAAAGAUAUGCCAUCUUUCUACCACUACAUGAACUCUGGAAACAAUACAUCAGAGACCUGUGUCAUGGACUUAAACCAGAUGCGCAACCACAUAUGGUUCAGGGCAAACUGCUAAAAGCUGAUCUCCAUGGAGCUAUUGUUACAGUCACAAAAUCUAAGUGCCCCUCUUAUGUUGGGAUAACAGGAAUCGUUCUACAGGAAUUUAAACAUGUCUUCAAAAUUAUCACUAAAGAGGACAAAUUAAAAGUUAUUCCCAAACUUAACAAUGUAUUUAGCUUGGAGACUGAUGGAUUCAUUUCCUACAUCUAUGGAAGCAAGUUCCAGCUUAGAGCAAGUGAGCGGUCUGCAAAAAAAUUCAAGUUGAAAGGAACUAUUGACCUAUAACGUCUUAGAAAAUCAGAAGUAUUAAUAGAAAUGUCUGCUGGUUUUAUGCAGUUUAAAGACCAGGUUUUCUGGCAGAUUGAAAAUGGAAUAGCUAUGUGAAAUAUUUCUAAAGCAGUUUUUCGUACUGAAGAAUUAGUAUCUGUUGUCUCUAAAGCAGUCUCUCAGAUUGUUGAGAGUUUGUUGCAUUUGUUUUGUCAUUUGUAUGUAACAUUCUGGCUUUAUUAAACUUACAUUAUUAGUAUUCA